AUGCUGACACAUGCAGAGGUUCUGCUUCUGGUCCGGUUCCCUCUGGGUUUUUUCGGGAACCAGCGCCUGUUUGCCUGGAACCUACUUCAGGUCCGGGUCAGUCCGAGUGUCGAGUCCAGCAGCUCCCCUCCUCCUCCUCCUCUUCAUCCUCGCCGGGAAGAGUUACAACCUGGAGGGAAGAAGAAAUGCAGGAAGCAGAAGAUGAAGGAAGCGGAACGGGCAGAAUUGAGCACCCCUCACUUCCUCCAUAUCAAAGGUGUGGAGGUGAACGCAGGACAGACAGCCACGUUUCACUGCACCAUCAACGGACGUCCGCAGAGCAACCUACUGCUGUACCUGCAGGGAAUGGGCGGUCGGCAGGCCGCGGUACGGGAAACCAAACCGCUGAACGCUCGGCGUUACGUGGCGAGCUUCAAUGUGGACAACACGACCAAAGGAGACUCUGGACGCUACCGCUGCAUCGCCCAAUCAGAGCGAGGGGUGGGCGUGUCCUCCUACGCUGACCUCACAGUCAAACAGCCCCCUGUACCCAUCGCCCCUCCUCAGCUGACAGCAGUUGGUGCCACCUACCUGUGGAUACAACUUAACGCCAACUCGAUCAAUGGGGACGGACCAAUCAUUGAGCGAGACGUUGAGUAUCGGACGACGGCAGGCAUGUUGAUCGACACCACACCGGUUGAUAAGCCCACUCAUAAAAUCGGGCAUCUGGACCCCGACACAGAGUACGAGAUCAGUGUGCUCCUCACCAGGCCCCUGGAUGGAGGCACAGGGAACCCCGGGCCACCGCUCAGAGCCAGGACCAAGUGUGCAGAUCCGAUGAACGGCCCGCGGCGUCUUGAAGUCGUUGACAUCCAGUCCAAACAGGUGGCGGUUCGCUGGGAACCAUUCGGAUACAACGUGACGCGCUGCUACAGCUACAACCUCACUGUGCAGUACCGCUACAGACCUGCAGGGGCCCUGAGCAGGGAGCCAGCGAAGGAGGAGGUGCGGGAGGAGGAGGUGUAUGACACAAGGAGCACCAUGCCGACGCACACCGUACGUAACCUUCCACCCUUCACCAACGUCAGCCUGAGACUCAUCCUGAGCAACCCCGAAGGACGCAAGGAGAGCGAGGAGCUGCUGGUGCUGACAGACGAGGAUGUUCCCGGGGCAGUCCCCGUGGACUCGAUCCUCGGCAGCAGCUACGAGCAGCAGAUCAGCCUUAGCUGGAGGGAACCGCUGCAGACCUACGGCCUGAUCCGGCAGUACGAGAUAUCCUACAAAGCCUUGAGCUCCUUCGACACGGAGUUUGACCUGUCCAAUCAGAGCGGCAAGGUGUUGAAACCGGCCAAUGAGACAAGCCACAUGUUCACGGGCCUCUACCCAGGCUCCACCUACUCCUUCACAAUAAGAGCCUCCACUGUUAAAGGCUUUGGGCCCCCUGUUAUCACCCAGUUUACCACCAAGAUCUCAGCUCCUCUGAUGCCGGCGUAUGAUCAGGAGUCUCCUCUGAAUCAGACCGACUCCACCGUCACCGUCCUGCUGAAGCCCGCUCAGAGCCGUGGGGCCCCGGUCAGUAAAUACCAGGUGGUGGUGGAAGAGGAGCGCCCCCGCAGGCAGGCCAGAGGCACUGCAGAGAUUCUGCGCUGUUAUCCAGUGCCCAUUCACUUCCAGAACGCCACGCUGCUGGACUCCCAGUAUUACUUCAGCGCUGAGCUUCCAAUGAGCGAGCUGAGGGCGCCCAUGCCCUUCUGUGUCGGUGACAACAGGACCUACAGUGGUUACUGGAAUGCUCCCCUCCUGCCUCACAAGAGUUAUGGGAUUUACUACCAGGCUGUCAGCACUGCCAAUGGGAAGAGGAAGACUGCUGACCUCACAGCUGUCCAGAUGAUGAUGAUCAGCAUCCUGCAAGAGGCCGCUAUAAUCGUCACCCAGCUCACCACGCCCUACAUUCGCAUCGCCCCGGCAGCAGGCGACAAGCAGCUAACAGGCACUGCGACCAGGAAACCAGAACCGGAGCAGGAGAAACAAUCGGACCACACGGUGAAGAUCGCCGGCUCCAUCGCCGGCAUCCUGCUGUUCAUCAUUAUCUUCCUGGGAGUCAUCCUGCUGAUGAAGAAACGGAAGUUGGCGAAGAAGAGGAAGGAAACUCUGAGCUCCAGACAGGAAAUGACCUUGAUGGUGAACAACUCCCAGCACACCACCAUGGUGGACACGCAUGUGCACACGCUGAACGGACGCACUGUUUCAUCUCCGUCCUCCUUCACCCUGAAGACAAACACCAUCAGCACCUCCGUACCAAACUCCUACUACCCAGAUCCCUUCGUACCGACAGCCAUUUUGGUGCCCAUUAAUGAUGACAGCCACACUAUGACCAGUGAAACCAGUAGCCUGGUCCAGUCCCACUACAAGCAGCGGGACUCUGAAAGGGAGGCGCUGCCGUAUCAGACAGGACAGCUGCACCCGGCCAUCCGAGUGGCCGACCUGCUGCAGCACAUCACCCAGAUGAAAUGUGCUGAGGGCUAUGGUUUCAAGGAGGAAUACGAGAGUUUCUUUGAGGGACAGUCCGCUCCCUGGGAUUCGGCCAAGAAGGACGAGAACCGCAUGAAGAAUCGCUACGGCAACAUCAUUGCUUGUCCCAUGCAGGAGACGGUGUAUGAUUUCUGGAGGAUGGUUUGGCAGGAGAAUACCGCCGCCAUCGUCAUGGUAACCAACCUGGUGGAGGUCGGCCGGGUGAAGUGUUGUAAGUACUGGCCUGAUGACACGGAGAUCUACGGCGACAUGAAGGUGACGCUGAUCGAGACUCAGCUGCUGUCUGAGUAUGUGAUCCGGACCUUUGCUGUAGAGAAGGAGCAGUACGUCUUCAUCCACGAUGCCAUUUUGGAGGCGUGUCUGUGCGGUGACACAGCGAUUCCAGCCAGUCAGCUGCGGUCGGUUUAUUAUGAGAUGAACCGAUUGGAUCCUCAGACCAACUCGAGUCAGAUCAAAGAGGAGUUCAGGACGCUGAACAUGGUGACGCCGACGCUGCGAGUCGAGGACUGCAGCAUCGCUCUGCUGCCCAGAAACCACGAGAAGAACCGCUGCAUGGACGUGCUGCCUCCAGACCGCUGCCUGCCCUUCCUCAUCACCAUCGACGGGGAGAGCUCCAACUACAUCAACGCUGCGCUCAUGGACGUACGUCACACACACACACACACACAGAAUGGCGGUGGUCGCAGUGGCGUGUUCUGCAGUAUCAGUAUCGUGUGUGAGAUGUUGCGUCAGCAGCGCUGCGUUGACGUUUUUCACGCUGUAAAAACUUUGAGGAACAACAAGCCAAACAUGGUCGACCUGCUGGAACAGUAUAAGUUCUGUUACGAAGUCGCUCUGGAGUACCUGAACUCUGCUUAGAGCCUCCUUCAACACAGAGGAGGAGGAGCAGAGAGACUACUGAAGAAGAGGAGGAGGAUGAAGGCAUGUUUACACUGCCUGGUUUGAACUGUUGGAUUCUGUGAGCGACGCUCAGCGUUCACCUCGUGUCACUUUGUGUUUUUUUUACCCUUUUUGUUGUUUCAAUGAAACUGAAACGAUAAAAACACCAUCAGAGCGGGUGGCCUCACCUGUCAGCCAUCCCCACCACCAGCACAGGAAGUCCUUACAGCCAGGAUUCAAAACAGGAUGUCCUUGCAGUCAUGUUUUGUACAGGAAUCUUUAACCGUGUCCGACUGCUGGUUGAAAUCAGCUGACCUGUCAGGAAGAAGCUGCUGUCCGCGGAGAAUCAUUAACUCUCGCAUAAACCCUCUUACCUCUGAGAUUGAAGGGACCCUAAAAUCAGACUUUCAUUUGUGAAUUCAUGUCAUGUCAAGAAGUGUGAACUUCAUCAUCCCUCUGGAAACAGGACUGAAAGGUGGCUGGAUCACGCUGACCAAGGUAGCUAAGAUGGUUUGACCCUGCAGAGGCCCAAGCCCAGGAGGCCAGAGGAAGUCACUCGGCCUGAAUCUGAGUGCCAUAGUCUGGCCAGUUAUGAUAAAACUUAUUUAACCAAACAAACUUCACCAAUUUGAAUCUGCCAACUCUUCCCCCAAAGAGACUCAAAAUCAAACCAAAUCUGGCAGACAUCACAGAGCCAGAGUUGUCAGAACACGUGUCUGCCGACACGCAGCCGAGAGUCUGCAGACACGCAGCCGAGAGUCUGCCGACACGCAGCCGAGAG